AUGGAGCUGCUGCAGCAUUUGGGCUUGGAAAGGCGGCCCGAGUGGCUGCCAGAGCAGGUGGUGCUGCUGGGUGUGCCUCUGCUGCUGGCGUCAGUCAUGGUGGCUGCGGCUCGCCUGACGGCAGCCAUCAUCAAGGGCGCAGCCCGCUGGCUGCGGGUGGCAUGGGGCUGCCGCGGCGUGCCUGCGGCGCCCGGCGGCGGCCUGCUGGGGCUUGGUCACACGCUGCAGUUGGCCUUGGCGCCGUGCCCUUGGGAGAAGAUGCUGGAGUGGGCGCGUGCCUCGGGCACCCUCACCCGCUUCAACAUCCUGCAGCGCACCGGCCUGAUUGUGAACGACCCCGAGGGCGCCAAGCGCGUCUUCCAGACGCGGCAGCGGCUGUAUGAGAAGGACCUGGACUUUUCUUACAAGCCCUUCCUCUCGAUUCUUGGCACCGGCCUGGUGACCGCCGACGGGCCGCACUGGCAGAAGCAGCGGCUGCUGAUGGCACCCGCACUGCGCAUCGACAUGCUGGACGCCAUCAUCCCCAUCACCAAGAACGCCGUGGACAGGCUGUGCAAGAACCUGGAGAGCUUCCGUGGCACGGGCACGCCCGUGAACAUGGAGGAGGAGUUCCGGCUGCUGACGCUGCAGAUCAUCGGUGAGGCCAUCCUGAGCCUGCCGCCCGAUGAGUGCGACCGCGUCUUCCCCCAGCUCUACCUGCCUGUCAUGGAGGAGAGCAACCGUCGCGUGCUGGAGCCCUGGCGGCAGCUCUACCCCCUCACCGCUUACCAGUACAAUCAGCGCGUCAGCCAGCUCAACAAAUACAUUAUCAGCAUCAUCCGGGCGCGGCGCGCGGCGCACGCCGCCAACAGCGGCAAGCCCCCCGCCAAGCCAGACAUCCUGGACCGCGUGCUGGCGGCAGCAGAGGAGAGCGGCGAAAAGUGGACGGCAGCGAGCGAGGUGCAGCUAUGCUAUGAAAUCAAGACCUUCCUACUAGCAGGCCAUGAGACCAGCGCUGCCAUGCUCUGCUGGACCAUGUAUGAGCUGAGUCAGAGCAAGGAGGCACUAGAGAAGGUCCGUGCUGAGGCAGCAGGCGUGUUUGGCGGCAAGCGGAAAAGCAUGCCUUCGCGCGAGGAGGUGGAUGGCAUGGAGUACACGCUGGCCACACUCAAGGAGAGCCUGCGCAAGUACAGCGUGGUGCCGGUGGUCACCCGCAACCUGGUACAGGAGGACGAGCUGCUGGGGCACAAGCUGCCGCGCGGCUCGUGGCUGAUUGUGCACCUGCAGGGCAUCCACCACCAGUACAACGACCCGCUGGCCUGGCGCCCCGAGCGCUACAUGCCCGGUGGCGAGUACGACCAGUUUGACGAAUCCAUCCGCCCAUACAUGUUUCUGCCCUUCAUCCAGGGUCCCCGUAACUGCCUGGGCCAGUACUUUGCGCUGCUGGAGAACCGCGUGCUGCUGUCAGUGCUCAACCAGCAAUUCACUUUUACUCCCGUGAACCCCAAGGAGAGCGGUGUGACGCACCCCAAGGUCAUCCCCGUGGCACCGCUGCACGGCAUGAAAAUGUACGUGUCGUGA